UCCCGCAGCUCCAUGGCGGGCGCCAGAUAGCCUAGCUGUUCCAAGGAGCCUGUCCCCAGGCGACGAGGCACUGAAGGGACGAUUGGCGGCUCUUCCACUCCCCCGGCCUGGGGCUGAGUGGGCGCCGGCAGCAGGAGAGCAGGAGGAAGCCCUGCCACACCUGGGCGAGACUGGGCUGAAGGCGAAAUGCAUAUGCUAUUUAUAGGGCCUCACCCUAAGGACUUGUGAUUGGCUUUAGGGCAGAUCGAUCACUCAUCUUUCUGGGUUAGAGGUGGGUGGAAGGUCAACCACGACCAAUACAGGAACAUUCUUCAGCUAAGCCCCACCCUACCCAGCUUCCCGUUGCUGUCCAUCAACGAGCCAGUAGGCGGGACUUUACUUCCCGCCAAUUGGCCGAGGAACACGUCGUUCAUUCUGCCUUAGGUUUCCGGUUGGUGCGCGCUACCGUCCGUCAGUGACACUCCACAGCGCUAUUGGCCAAACCAACGUCGCUCUAGAUGCGUCUCGGAGAUUGGCUCGUCGUGCUGUCGGUCCCCAAUGAACCCAACGCUUACUGGUGGGCGCUGCCGUCGCUCGGGCGGUGGCGGGCUCCGGGAUUGGCGGGCUCUAGGCGGGCGGUGUCAGGCUCUCGGUGGCGGCGGAGGCGGCGGAGGCCAGGGAGGAAGAUGUCGUAAUGAGCGAUCCACAGACCAGCAUGGCUGCUACUGCCGCUGUCAGUCCCAGUGACUACCUGCAGCCUGCUGCCUCCACCACCCAGGACUCCCAGCCAUCGCCCUUAGCUCUGCUUGCUGCAACAUGUAGCAAGAUCGGUCCCCCCGCUGUUGAAGCUGCAGUGACGCCUCCUGCUCCCCCACAACCCACGCCCCGGAAACUGGUCCCCAUCAAGCCCGCCCCUCUCCCCCUCAGUCCUGGCAAGAACAGCUUUGGGAUCUUGUCCUCCAAAGGAAACAUUCUUCAGAUUCAGGGGUCACAGCUGAGCACCUCCUAUCCUGGAGGGCAGUUGGUGUUUGCCAUCCAAAAUCCAACCGUCAUCAACAAAGGGAGCCGAUCCAAUGCCAACGUCCAGUACCAGGCGGUGCCUCCGAUGCAGGCGAGCAGCCCCCAGACCAUCCAGGUGCAGCCUAGUCUCACCAACCAGAUCCAGUUCAUCCCCGGUACCAACCAGGCCAUCAUCAACCCCUCCCCAUCCAGUCACAAGCCCGUCCCCAUCAAGCCAGCACCUGUCCAGAAGUCCAGCGCCGCCACCACCCCGGUGCAGAGCGGAGCCGGUGUGGUGAAGCUGAUGGGCGGGGGUGGCAAUGUGACACUCACCCUGCCUGUCAACAGCCUUGUGAAUGCCAGCGACACUGGGGCCCCUGCUCAGCUCCUCGCCGAAAGCCCCCCCGCCCCUGUGUCCAAGACUAACAGGAAAGCCAGGAAGAAGAGCCUGCCUGCCUCGCAGCCCCCCGUCGCUGUGGCUGAGCAGGUGGAGACGGUGCUCAUCGAGACGACCGCAGACAACAUCAUCCAGGCAGGCAGCAACCUGCUGAUUGUCCAGAGCCCCAGCGGGGGCCAACCAGCCGUGGUCCAGCAGGUGCAGGUGGUACCCCCAAAGGCCGAGCAGCAGGUGGUACAGAUCCCCCAACAGGCUCUGCGGGUGGUACAGGCUGCAUCUGCCACACUCCCCACCGUCCCCCAGAAGCCUUCCCAGAACUUUCAGAUCCAGACAGCUGAGUCGACGCCUACUCAGGUCUACAUCCGCACACCUUCUGGGGAGGUGCAGACCGUCCUCGUCCAGGACAGUCCCCCAGCAACCGCUGCCACCACAGCUACCACGGCCUGCAGCAGCCCUGCGCCCCGAGCCUCCCACCUGAGCGGGACCAGCAAAAAGCACUCGGCUGCAAUUCUCCGAAAAGAGCGACCCUUGCCAAAGAUCGCGCCCGCCGGGAGCAUCAUCAGCUUGAAUGCAGCCCAGCUGGCGGCAGCUGCCCAGGCCAUGCAGACCAUCAACAUCAACGGGGUCCAGGUCCAGGGCGUGCCUGUGACCAUCACCAACACCGGCGGGCAGCAGCAGCUGACAGUGCAGAAUGUGUCUGGGAACAAUCUGACCAUCAGCGGGCUGAGCCCCACCCAGAUCCAGCUGCAGAUGGAGCAGGCCCUGGCGGGAGAGGCCCAGCCCGGGGAGAAGCGGCGUCGCAUGGCCUGCACGUGUCCCAACUGCAAGGAUGGGGAGAAGAGGUCUGGAGAGCAGGGCAAGAAAAAACAUGUGUGCCACAUCCCUGACUGCGGCAAGACCUUCCGGAAGACCUCCCUGCUGCGGGCCCAUGUGCGCCUGCACACCGGCGAGCGGCCCUUCGUCUGCAACUGGUUCUUCUGCGGAAAGCGGUUCACACGGAGCGACGAGCUGCAGCGGCACGCCCGCACCCACACAGGGGACAAACGCUUCGAGUGCGCCCAGUGUCAGAAGCGCUUCAUGAGGAGUGACCACCUCACUAAGCAUUACAAGACCCACCUGGUCACAAAGAACUUGUAAGGUCAGCUGAGGUGGGCAGCCCCCCAGCCACAGCCCCCCUGCCUGUCCCACCUGGGCCUCUGGCAGAGCGGGCCCCUCGCUGCCAUGGGCCUGCCAUCAGCUCCCUCCUGCGACUGUGCCCACAGGAAUGGGCUCUGCUCCUGUCCCCUCUUCCUCCUUCCCUUCCUUGCCCUGGAAGCCCCUUGGUUCUGCCUUGGCCCUGCCCCAUCUCUCACAGUGAGCCCCUGGCCUGCCCAGACUGUGGACACUGGUCAUGCCCAAUGAGACGUUCUGAACCAGGACGCGUGGGAACCCUUAUUUCCAAAGGAAAAACAUGCAUUUCACUCCGUCGAGGAGCAAAGUGAGCCCCCGCCCCGCCCCGCCCCUCCCCCACACUGCCGGAGUCCCUAGUGCCAGCCCCCACCUCUCCUGUGCCACCCGGGGCCCUGCCCCCUAGCACUCCGCUGGCACCCACCUCGGGAGAGGCCAGGAGGCCACCUGUGCUCCACAUAGCCAGUGCUGGCCCAGCGUCCCCGCAGCACAUUCCAACUUUGUAUUUAAAAUUCAAGCCGCCCGUGGACUCCUGCACCCCGCCCCCUUCUAUGGAGAACGCUGCCUUAUACUCCAGAUGAUGAGCACUGUGCAUUGUGUGUGCUUUCAAGAAGUUUUAUUUAAUUGCUCCCCCCUUCCUUUUCUUGUUACUCAGCUCCCCACGCCUGCUUUCAGUUUAGGAUUUUGGGGGGGCAAUGACAUGCAUAUGAAAUUUUUUUUUUCCACUCCAGCCAUCCUCUUUCCUAAGUGACAUAGCAUUUCAGGCCAGACCCGAUCCAGAUCCAAACACCCGAAUCUCCCACCACCCCAGCUGCCCUAGGCCUCCCCGUGUACAGUGUAUAUUGUAUCAUAGUCAACCGUGUCUACUACAUGUUUAAAAACAUAUUGCUUGUUAUUUUUGAGGCUUUUAAAUUAAACAGAAAUCCAACUUUAUUUUUAGUUGUUAACUGCUUGAGGUCUGUUUUAUGAAUUGAGUGACAGAUUUGUUAUCCUUUUAUUAACGAUGUGCUUUGCUGGUCAGUGCUGGACUGACCUAAAUUUUUUCUUGCUAAUAAAUUCAGUUGCCUGAGGCAAAAUCUG